AUGCUUUCACGGACAUUGUUGCGAGUUUCAGCGCCUCGAGUAUUUCUUCGACUGGCGUCAACGGAAGCAGCUCUUCCCCUAAAUGAUGGCCCUGCAGCUCCACAUCCAGCUCAAGAUCGAGUCGUCUCUUCAAAAGUGAAAUCACUUGUCGAUGAAAUUAGUUCGCUAAGUCUUCUUGAAGUAUCAGAUCUAAAUUGGGCUUUAAAGAAGCGAUUGAACUUGCCCGAUGCUCCAAUGAUGCCGAUGGGAAUGCCGAUGAUGGCUGCUGCUGCGCCAGCUGCAGCUCAAGAAGAAGCAGCCUCAGAUACGCCACAGAAGAUGACAUUUGGAGUGAAACUUACAAAGUUCGAUGAUGCCAAGAAAAUUGCUUUAAUCAAGGAGAUUCGAACGGUUGUACCAGGAUUGAAUCUAGUACAAGCUAAAAAGUUUGUUGAAACAGCACCUAUCACUGUAAAGGAAGAUAUGGGUAAAGCCGAAGCAGAAGAGUUGAAAGCAGCACUUGAAAAGGUUGGCGCUACCAUCGAACUCUUC